ACUCUGACAUAGCAGGGGGGUAGCAACAUGGCCGUCGGUCAGUCGGUAUCGAACCGCCGCAUUACGCGAAGCUCCUACGACUCGCUGUGUCGUAGGAACGCCGCCGCUUGAAUAAAAAACGAGAUUUCGGAAUCUCGUGAACGCGAAGGACGACCUCUUACCGAUGGCAUCGGCUCUCCGACCUUACGCACCCGUCGAGGUCGGCAGUGCCAGCGCGUUACAAUCGCAUCAGGAACGGUUCCACCGGCUCGCGACGCGGUGUACCCGGUAAUUCGAAUUUCGGAGCACGGAUCGAAUAAAUUUCGGAUAACUGUACAAUACAAUUAGAGGAGGAACAAUCAUCUGAAAUUAUUCGUCGAUAAACAAAUUUUUUAAUAAAUAUGGAUUCCAGCGUGGGACAAGGGAAGAAACAAAUUCGCGUAGGAUUUUACGAUAUCGAAGGCACCAUUGGCAAAGGGAACUUUGCGGUGGUAAAAUUAGCUAGGCACCGUAUUACCAAGACAGAGGUGGCUAUUAAAAUAAUCGAUAAAACUCAGCUGGAUCCUACCAAUCUUGAGAAAGUCUACAGAGAGGUGGAAAUAAUGAAGCAAUUGGAACAUCCGCACAUUGUUAAAUUGUAUCAAGUGAUGGAAACGAAGAAUAUGAUAUAUAUGGUAUGCGAGUACGCAAGUAAGGGUGAGAUAUUUGACUAUAUUGCACGAUAUGGGAGAAUGGGAGAACCCAGAGCUCGUGCAACAUUUGCUCAAAUACUUUCCGCGGUUGAAUACUGCCAUGCGACCGGUGUAGCGCAUCGUGAUCUCAAAGCUGAAAACUUACUCUUAGAUGCUCAGAUGAACGUUAAGAUCGCUGACUUCGGUUUUAGUAAUAGAUUUACUCCUGGCGAGAGACUGAGUACAUGGUGCGGUAGUCCGCCCUACGCGGCGCCAGAAGUUUUUAGAGGGAAACACUACGCUGGUCCCGAGAUUGAUGUGUGGAGUUUAGGCGUUGUACUGUAUGUAUUAGUAUGCGGAGCACUGCCCUUUGACGGAUCUACUCUUCAAUCUUUAAGAGAUCGCGUUCUCAGCGGAAGAUUUCGAAUUCCAUACUUUAUGAGCACAGAUUGCGAAAGCUUAAUACGUAAGAUGUUAGUUUUGGAACCAGCAAAAAGAUACACCAUUCCACAAAUAAAGAGACAUCGUUGGAUGGCCGGAUCUGCGGAUACUAUUUGUUCAAUGAUCAUAGCGAGACCAUCAUCGUCCAUCCAAGAACCAAACGAACAAAUACUGCGACUUAUGCAUAGUUUAGGCAUAGAUAUCACACGAACUAGAGAGUCACUAAGGAAUAGCAGUUACGAUCAUCACGCUGCUAUUUAUUUCUUACUGUUAGAAAGAUUGAAGCAACAUCGUGUCAGCAACACAGCAAACAAUGCGUGCUGGCCCGGCGUUACGAGAGCAAAGGAUGACAAAUUCAAAUCAAGAACAAGAGAAGAUGCGACUCGAGGGGGAAAAAGAUUUAGUUCGACCAGUUCCUCGACUGACGAGGGAUGUUGCAGCGCGGAAGGCGAUUUGGAGGAAGGUCCAAGCAGCGAUGAAUUGAGAGAGGCUCAGAUUAAACUAGAAGAGCAUAGAUUAGGCCUAGAUCAUGACAUCAGCCAACGAAUUGACAGUCAAAUAGUCAAUCGGAGAUUAAGCGACUACCAACAUCAUUUUGAUACGCCUCUUAUGGAUUCUAUUGAUCCUCCUAGUCGAACGCUGUUCAUCGCGGGCGGUAGUGGUAGUUCAUCGUCCGAACUUUUCGAAUCGAGUUUUGACUCUGGCUGCCCGCCGGAUUACUCAGCGGCAAAUUCAUUCACGAGUAGCUUGCCCUCCUGCACGCCUCCGCCACCCAUGAGUCCAUCGCCGAUAACUGGUAGAAUAUCCAGAGCUUCUCAAGGGCGUAGAGCAUCCGACGGUGGACCCAGAUUAUUAUUUUGUCAACAGGGUGGCGGGGACAGGCCGACCAAACAGCGGAGUAUUCAAGAUUCCGGGAAAGCUAGAGGCCAUUUAGAUCUUGUUCAUUUGAGACCGCCUUCUACACCACCAGAGAAUUCACAGUUCAAAAUUCGUGGCGACUCCAGCACACAAUUGCAAUUGCUGGUGCAGCAGCGAGUGUUGCAACAGAAACGAAACUUAUACCAUAGACACAGAGGCGGAGGGAGUCCGACCCCGAUCGUAUCAGCAACCGGGAGCGCAACGAUUAGACGGAGCGACCACGUACCGAGACAAGACAGUUAUAAGCUAGCUCAAAGAACACAGAUCCUACCGCCUUUAUCUCAGGGACACGUUGAUAGAGACUUUGAUAGAGAAAGAAAACGAGAUGAAGAAAGAUGGAAAAGUCUGCCAUCUCGACUGGCAGCCGACUGUCAGUUAGCAGAAAGGACACUGUUGUGGAGCCAACAGGUGGGCCUCACCGGUGGAGCAUCAUAUUUGCCACCUGGCAGUGUAGGUGGCUUCUUAUGGCCCACUGGAAGCAACCCUCAUUCGACCAUCUUCGAAAACGUUGGGGAUCCGAUGGAAUGAACACCAUACCAAUCAUACCCUGUUGUGUACUUUUAGCGUUGGAGGUUUUGAGUCUGAAAGACUAGAAAUGUAGAAAGACGAAUACAAUAAGCAGUAUUGCCUUCCUAGUCUUUCCAUAUCAGUAUUUUUUAUUUACAUAAUUGUGUAUUUUAUUAUAUCCGUAUUUUCUAAGUAUCCAAAGGGAAUGUUGUAUAAAUUUCUUUGUAGACCCGUUUCCUCCGUGGUACUCUAGCUUUCAUACGCGAAAUCUUUAAUUUAAAGAAAAGGAAAAAA